UGACACCACCGGAAGUUGCUCUACUAGCCUAGCUAGGCCCGUUUUGAAAGCUCUCCUAAGUUGCUCUGUAAGUUGUCACUCUGAAGACAUGAAGCCGGCAGUGGAUGAAAUGUUCCCUGAGGGAGCCGGACCGUAUGUGGAUCUAGAUGAGGCAGGGGGCAGUACCGGGCUACUGAUGGAUUUGGCUGCGAAUGAGAAAGCUGUGCACUCCGACUUCUUCAAUGAUUUUGAAGAUCUCUUUGAUGAUGAUGACAUCCAGUGAUGAAGAUUUGCACUUUUCAGUCAUGUGAAAUUGUACUCCUCAUGUCUUUCACUUUUUUUCUUAUCUGUAUAAAGUCCGGUUUAUGAUGUUGAGUUUAUUUUAUUGUCAAUAAAACAUUUUGUGAAAAAAUGAAAA